UCCGCUCCGCUCUGCUCCGCCGCCGGACGGAGGCAGGUGCCAAGGCGGACAGCCGGCCAUGAACGGCGGGUUGCACGGCGCGGCCCGGGACGGCCGCAUGGACGCGUUACGGGAAGCCACCCGGCGGCAGUUGAACGCGGCCGAUGAGGACGGCAUGACCCACGCCCUAUGGGCGGCUCAUCACGGAAACCUGGAGGCGAUGCGGCUGAUCGUCAGCAGAGGGGGUGAUCCUGACAAGUGUGACAUUUGGGGGAAUGCUCCGCUUCACCUGGCAGCUUCCAAUGGCCACCUCGACAUCCUCUCCUUUCUGGUGUCUUUUGGGGCAAACAUCUGGUGCCUGGACAAUGACUACCACACCCCACUCGACAUGGCGGCCAUGAAGAACCACAUGGAGUGCAUCCGCUAUCUGGACUCCAUCGCUGCAAAGCAGAGCGCCCUCAACCCAAAGCUGGUGAGCAAGCUGAAGCAAAGGGCCUACCGGGACGCGGAGAAGCGCAUCAAGGAUUGCGCCAAGCUGCAGAAGAAGCACCAGCAGAGAAUGGAGAAGAGGUACAAGAGGGAGCUGGACUCGUCGGACACCAUGAGCUUCAGCAGCUCGGCCAGCAGUUCGCUGAGCCACCAGCUGCAGCGCCUGUCCAUGGCGGCCGCUCUGCCCUACUCCCAGGCCACGCUCAACGCCACCACCAAGGGCAAGACUAAGAUCCAGAAGAAGCUGGAGAGGAAGAAGCAGGUGGACGGGAGCUUCAAAAUAUACGAGGAUGGGCGCAAGAGCGUCCGCUCGCUCUCCGGCCUACAGCUCAGCAACGACGUGAUGUUCGUCAAGCAGGAGAGCGGCGGCCAAGCCAGGGAGAGACCGCGCUGCAACGUGCGGGACAUGUUCGCGGCCGAGGGCGACACCAUGUCUCACGCCGCCAGCGACCCGGGGCUGCAGGCCGACACCGCCUACUCCGAAGUCAGCACCGACUCGGGCCACGAGUCCCUCUUCAACAGGCCCGGCCUGGGCACCAUGGUCUUCCGCAGGAACUAUGUCAACGGCGGCCUCUUCGGGCUGGGACACAAUGGCAGCGAGGCGGGGGAUCAGGUGGGGCUGAGGGGCUCGGACGUCAGGUUGCGCAGCCGUCUCCAGAGGUCCAUCAGCAUGGACGACAGCAUCGGCAGCGCACAGAGCCUGCAGGAGCAGGCCCGAGGCGGGUUGCCAUGGGAGGAGCUCGACCUGGGCCUAGACGACGACCUUGAGCCGGAGACCAGUCCCCUCGACACCUUCCUGGCCUCCCUCAGCAUGUUCGAUUUCGUGCCAACCUUCAAGAAGGAAAAGAUCGACCUGGAAGCGCUCACGCUUUGCUCCAACGAAGAUCUGAAAAGCAUAAAAAUUCCUUUGGGGCCCAGGAAGAAAAUCCUGGAGGGCGUUCAGAGGCGGCAGCAGGCGCUGGGACAGCCCGACAGGUUGGAGGACACGAAUCUGUGAGUCGGCCCGCGGCUGCGGACCCUCCGCUGGCCGGCGACGAGCCCACCUCUCCGGGGUGCGGUGAAUCACGACACCGGAGGCCGGCAUAUCCCCACAGAGACCUGGCACCAUCGCCGCCACCCGGGGCAACGCGGCGGUGACAGGAGCUACAGGACAGGAGACUGCAAGAAGGGCCUCCACAUGCGAAGCUGCUGCCUUCGUGUGGCGCCGCAGGUCUCCAGGACGGACCCGCUAUUUGAUGGUCACCCUCCGACGACCUUUCCCUCCACCUGUGACCAUGAAGAUCCGUCAUCCAACGAGUAUGCAGCCUGCCCAUGAAGGAGCCAUGCAGCUUGGAACCAGACCCUUGAGUCCUCUCCUGACUCUUCUCGACCCUUGUCUGACCACUCGGACUGCUGUUCUUCUGGCCUCCCACCAAGCAACUCCUUAACCUCCCGCUAGGACCCUCCCUACCUCCCCUCCUGACCACCCUACCCCCUCCGCCCCAAGGGGAAUAUCAAAAAUGAAUGUAAAAGUUUCUCUAGGUAUGUAAAAAGGAAAAGAUUGGUGAAAAUGAAUGCAGGUCCCUUACAUUCAGAGAUAGGUGAAUUUAUAAUGGGAAACAAGGAAAUGGCAGAACAGUUAAACAAGUACUUUUGUUCUGUCUUCACUAAGGAAGACACAAACAAUCUCCCCGGAAAUACUAGGGGACUGAGGAUCUAGUGGGAGAGAGGGACUGAAGGGAAUCCACAUUAGUCAGAAAAUGGUGCUAGGUAAACUGUUGGGACUGAAGGCAGAUAAAUCCUUAGUGGGCCUAGAAAUUGUGGAUGCAUUGGUGAUCAUUUUCCAAUGUUCUCUCGACUCUGGAUCAGUUCAUGUGGACUGGAGGGUAGCCAAUGUAACCCCACUUUUUAAGAAAGGAGGGAGACAGAAAACAGGGAAUUAUAAACCAGUUAGCCUUACAUCAGUGAUGGGGAAGAUGCUGGAGUCGAUUGUUAAAGAUCUUAUAGCAGCGCAUUUGGAAAGCAGUGAUAUGAUCGGUCAAAGUCAGCAUGGAUCUAUGAAGGGGAAAUCAUGCUUGACUAAUCUUUUGGAAUUUUUUGAGGAUGUAACAAGUAGCAUAGAUAAGGGAGAGCCAGCGGAUGUGGUGGAACUGGACUUUCAAAAAACCUUUGACGGUCUCACACAAGAGAUUAGUGUGUAGGAUUAGAGCACGUGGUAUUGGGGGUAGGGUAUUGACAUGGAUAGAGAACUGGUUGGUAGACAGGAAGCAAAGAGUAGGAGUUAAUUGGUCCUUUUCAGAAUGGCAGGCAGUGACUAGUGGGGUACUGCAAGGCUCAGUGCUGGGACCCCAGUUGUUUACAAUAUAUAUUAACGAUUUAGAUGAGGGAAUUAAAUGUGACAUCUCUAAGUUUGCAGAUGACACAAAGUUUGGUGGCAGUGUGAGCUGCGAUGAGGAUGCUAUGAAGCUGCAGUGUGACUUGGAUAGGUUGGGUGUGUGGGCAGAAGCAUGACAGUGUUGCAGUAUAAUGUGGAUAAAUGUGAGGUUAUCCACUUUGGUGGCAAGAACAGGAAGGCAAAUUAUUAUCUUAAUGGUGUCAGAUUAGAAGGGGAGGUACAACAAAACCUGGGUAUGCUUGUACAUCAGUCACUGAAAGUAAGCAUGCAGGUAGAGUAGGCAGUGAAGAAAGCUAAUAACGUGUUGGCGUACAUUGCGAGAGGAUUUGAGUUUAGAAGCAAGGAGGUCGUACUGCAGUUGUACCGUGCCCUGGUGAGACCGCACAUGGAGUAUUGUGUGCAAUUUUGGUCUCCUAAUUUGAGGAAGGACAUCAUUGAUAUUGAGGGAGUGCAGUGUAAAUUCAUCAGGUUAAUUCCCGGGAUGGCGCGACUGACAUUUGACGAAAGAAUGGGCCGACUGGGCUUGUAUUUGCUGGAAUUUAGAAGGAUGAGAUGGGAUCUAUUUGAAACAUAUAAAAUUCUUAAGAGGAUUGGACUGGGUAGAUAUAGGAAAAAUGUUCCCGAUGUUGGGGGAGUCCAGAACCAGGGGUCACAGUUUAAGAAUAAGGGGUAGGCCAUUUACGACUGAGAUGAGGAAAACGUUUUUCAUCCAGAGUUGUGAAUCUGUGGAAUUCUCUGCCACAGAAGGCAGCGGAGGCCAAUUCACGGGAUAUUUUCAAGAGAUUUAGCUUGUGGGGCUAAAGGAAUCAAGGGAUAUGGGGAAAAAGCCUCUCUCUGUAUAGAGAGGGUAGUAGGAGAUAGGAGGUGUAUGGCAGGAGGGGUGUAGAGGGAGGAGGGAAGGAUUGACACUUGCUGCCCGCUGGUCUCCCCUUCGACUUCCUGUUGACGCUGAGUUCUGAGAUGAGAUGUCCUUCACUGAGCUGGGGAGACGGGCAAUGUCUCUGCCCAUCGCCAGCACAUCGACCCGAGAUGUUGAAGCAGAUGAAGGUGAGAAUCCCAAUCGCUUUCUCACCACUUCAUGUACAGUGCCCUCCAUAAUGUUUGGGUUAAAGACCCAUCAUUUAUUUAUUUGCCACAAUUUGAGAUGAUCAGCCAUGAUCAUAUUGAAUGGCAGAGCUGGCUCAAAGGGCCAGAUGGCCUACUCCUGUACCUGUUUUCUAAAUUCCUCACAACUCCGCGACCCUCCCCCUUGACCUCCAAAAUCUUCCUCCCGGAUCCCGACUAUCUGGCCACCUCCUGAUCCCCUCCUUCCUGAUCCACUCCACAUCCCUCCCCGCGACUCUGAUCCUCCUCCCCGACCUCCAACCUCUCCUCUGCCACUCAAAGGGGUUGGUGUAUGCCGACUGGUCUCCUCUGUCCUAACCUCUUUUUCCGAGUAAAAAGUACAGCCCGUCUCCCCUGGAGCCUUUGCCUGUGACUGUUCUGGAGCAGCCCUUCCUGUUGCCCAAUCUGUGCCAAUGUUUUCCACAUGACUACCUGUUUCCCUGACACACACCAUGGCAGUUGAAGCAGGUCAUGUCUCGCCCAGUUUAUCCGCUGCUCCAAUGUUUGGGGACAUUGUUCCCGCAAGUAAAAUUGAAAUCAAAAUCAAAAGGAUCCCAUGAAAGAGUGAGAGAUUGUUCCACCUUUCACACAAUAGGACAUGCUCUGUUAAUGACCUUACCUGUAGCAGGUGGUCACUGCUCUGAUACCGAUCAUUGAGCAUAUUCAGAGAAAGGAGCGUUGCAGGUGCAGAUUCUCACCCGAGGUUCGGAUUGUAACUCCCGCCUAACCUUGCUGUUGGCUCAUAGCAGCUUCAUUUUGUAUAGAGGCCAGCACAUCGACCCGAGAUGUUGAAGCAGACGAAGGUGAGAAUCCCAGUCGCUUUCUCACCACUUCAUGUACAGUGCCCUCCAUAAUGUUUGGGUUAAAGACCCAUCAUUUACGUAUUUGCCACAAUUUGAGAAUAGAAAAAAAUUCACAAGUGGUUAAAGUGCACAUUGUCAGAUUUUAACAAAGGCCAUUUUUAUACAUUUUAGUUUCACCAUGUAGAAAGUACAGCGGUGUUUAUACAUAGUCGUCCCCCCCCCCUCCACUCCCCAUCCCCCCCUCCCAUUUCAGGACACCAUAAUGAUUGGGACACAGCAAUGUCAUGUAAAUGAAAGUAGUCAUGUUUAGAAUUUUGUUGCAUAUCCUGUGCAUGCAAUGACUGCUUGGUCUGCGAUUCAUGGACAUCACCAUUUUCUGGGUGUCUUAUCUGGUGAUGCUCUGCCAGGCCUGUAUUGCACCCAUCUUUAGCUUAUGCUUGUUUUGGGGGCUUGUCCUCUUUUCUCUUCAGCUUAUAAACGGCAAGCUCAAUUGGGUUCAGAUCAGGUAUAUUUAAGAGGGAGUUAGAUGUGGCCCUUGUGGCUAAGGGGAUCAGGGGGUAUGGAGAGAAGGCAGGUACGGGAUACUGAGUUGGAUGAUCAGCCAUGAUCAUAUUGAAUGGCGGUGCAGGCUCGAAGGGCCGAAUGGCCUACUCCUGCACCUAAUUUCUAUGUUUCUAUGUUUCUAGGUGAUUGACUUGGCCAUUCAAGAAUUGACCAAGUUUUAGCUUUGAAAAACUCCUUUGUUGCUUUGGCAAUAUGUUUGGGAUCAUUGUCUUGCUGUGGAAUGAACCGCCGGCCAAUGAGUUUUCAGGCAUUUGUCUAUACACUUGUGUCUAUACAUUUCAGAAUUCAUUAUGCUACUAUCAUCAGCAGUUGUAUCAUCAAUGAAGAUAAGCGAGUCAGUACCUUCAGCAGCCAUACAUGUCCAGGCCAUAACACCCCCGUGUUUCACAGUUAAGAUGGUAUGCUUUGGAUCUUGGGCAGUUCCUUCUCUCCACUAUACUUUGCUCUUGCCAUCACUCUGAUAUGUUAAUCUUCGUCUCAUCUGUCCACAAGACCUUUUUCCAGAACUGUGGUUGCUCUUUCAAGUACUUCUUGGCAAACUGUAACCUGGCCAUCCUAUUUUUGCAGAUAACCAGUGGUUUGCAUCUUGCAGUGUAGCCUCUGUAUUUCUGUUCAUGAGGUCUUCUGCGGACAGUGAUCAUUGACAAUUCCACACCUGACUCCUAGAGUGUUUCUGAUCUGUCGGACAGGUGUUUGGGGAUUUUUCUUUAUUAUAGAGUGAAUUCUUCAGUCAUCAGCUGUGGAGGUCUUCCUUGGCCUGCCAGUCCCUUUGCGAUUCGUAAGCUCACCAGUGCUCUUUCUUCUUAAUGAUGUUCCAAACAGUUGAUUUUGGUAAGCCUAAGGUUUGGCUGAUGUCUCUUAACAGUUUUAUUCUUGUUUCUCACUCAUAAUGGUUUAUUUGACUUUCACUGGCAGAACUUUGGUUCUCAUGUUGAUAAACAGCAAUAAAAGUUUCCAAAGGUGAUGGAAAGACUGGAGGAAAGAUUUGGUGCUGAGAGCUCUCUUGUACCUGCAUUAUGGAGGCAAUUAAACACACCUGAGCAAUUACAGACGCCUGUGAAGCCACGUGUCCCAAACAUUAUGGUGCCCUGAAAUAGGGAGGGGGAGGGGCUAUGUAUAAACACAGCGGUAAUUUCUACAUGGUGAAAUCAAAAUGUAUAAAAUGGGCUUUUAGUAAAAUAUGACAAUGUGCACUUUAACCACAUGGGUAAUUUUUUCUAAUACAAAUCUCAAAUUGCGAUGCACAGUGGCAAAUAAAUAAAUGAUGGGUCUUUGUUCCAAACAUUAUGGAGGACACUGUACAUAUGCUGCCACCUGCAGGAUUUGUCUGGCAAAACAUAAUGUGGCAGGAACUCGGCAUGUAAGGCCACAUCUGGAGAGGGAAUGGACAGGUGAAGUUUCGGGUCGGGAUCCUUCUUCAGUCUCUGAUCCAGACUUGCUUAUAUACAGCAAGGCCUCCCUGGGGCCCUGGUAUUCAUUUUACCCUUAUUGAACCUGCCAAAGUAAAUCACCUACUUAUCACGAUUAAACUCAGCCUGCCAUUGCCCUGACCAUUUGUUUGUACAGUGUGUCUGUUCUCUGUCUUGUAGAAUGUAUAAUUUGUUUUUGACUAUUGUAUGAAUCUAUGUGCCUGUGAUGCUGUAAGCAAGUAUUUAAUUGUACCCAUAGUUCUUUGUACUUGUCCAUAUGACAAUAAACAUGACCAUCUUAUCAACUAAUCAAUAUCAUUUUAUACUUUACUAUCAACACAAUGAUUGCCAUCAUCAGACAUAAUCAUACCUCCUUCAUUCACAUCCAAAUCUUCGAUCUAGAAUAUAUUGUUAUGAUCACAGUACCAAUGCCUGUGGUACAGUACUCUGCACAGGCUUCCAGUCACACAAACAACUGCAUAUCGUCACACUGUGUUCUAUUAUGAAGACACCUUUGAAUUAAAUUUGCUAACUUCGCACAUAUCGCAUUGAAUCUACCCUUUUGGACCACUUUCCCAUGUGGAGCCUUGUCAAAGGCCUUAACGAAGUCCCAUAUCAACCACACAGACCUCAUCAAAUUUACCAACUCUUCGAAAGAUUCAAGCUGAUCAGGUAGAUUUCCCCGUAACAGUAAUGUCAAUGACAGUUGAUUAAUGCCUUCCUUUUCCAUGCAGGCUAACACUCUCAAGAGAGAUCAGUGCAGAGACAUGAAACUAAAAGGCUGAUAAGGUGAUAAGGUGGAGUAUAAGAGAGGGGGGGGGGGGGGGGAAAGCAGGACCACAGUGUAAAAUCAUUCCAGGGUGACUAAGUGUGAAAGGGGCGAUCAGGGAGACAUUGUGUCCCAACAUGAAAUGUAUUCAUAAUACAUUGGAUGACGAUAGCAACACUUACAAAAGGUUUAAACAGAUAAAUAAAUAGGAAAGGUUUAAUGGUAUAUGAGCCAAUCCUAGAUAAAUAGGACUUCUUGGUUAGCAUGGAUGAGUUGCGCUGAAAUGCCUAAUUCCAUGCUGUAUGACUAUCAACUAAACAGAUGCAGACUGUCACGUAAAUACAAAUAAAUGCACGUUAACCAGGGGUGGGAACUGGACAUGAUGUGGCACUUGAUCUUUGGCAAGUAUAGGCAAAAAUGGGAAGGAGUAAAAGAGGGAACCAGUGCAAUAGCAAGGAAGGACAGUGGAGAACUCUGCUGUGGCCCUUGUCCCUUUCAUUGACUCCAUUUACACCACAUGCUGCUUCCGCAAGAUCAGCAGCAUAAUCAAGAACGAGUCGCACCCUGGGCACUCCCUCUUCCAUCGGGCAAAAGGUAUGAAAACGCGCACCUCCAGAUUCAGGGACAAUUUCUUCCCAGCUGUUAUGAGGCAACCGAGUCAUCCUACCACAAGUAGAGAACAGUCCUGAACUACUAUCUACCUCGGAGACCCUUGGACCAUCUUUGAUCAGACUUUACCGGCUUUAUCAUGUAUCUACACUGAAUGGCUCAAUUGUAAUCAUUUAUUGUCUUUCUGUUGACUGGUAGCACACAACCAAAGCUUUUCACUGUACCUUGGUACACGUGAUAAACUAAACUAGAUGAAGGAAACUAUGAAAGGACGAGGCACUUGGAAUACAUUGUACAUUUCUGGUUGCCCAGCUCCAGGGAGCAUGCAAUUAAACAGGAAAUGGUCUGGAAAAGAUUCACAAGGAUGUUACCAGGAUUGGAGGGCUUCAGUUAUACAGAUAAAUUGAUAUUUUCCUGGAGAUAGAACUCCACUCACUAUAUCUUGCUAGCAGUGUUGGAAUCAGCGUUCAAACAAGAAAACGGCCUCAGUGGGAACUGUGCUGAAUUACCUACUGAUUAGAGGCGUACCAAUGAUCUAGGGGGCUGGCUCUCAUCCCUCAGCAGAACCUGUUUAUGUAAACCGGAGGCUAAGUACCCAUUCCAUCAAAAUGCAAGACUGACAAUGUUACCUAUAAAUCUCAAGUCUAUCACAUGAUAAGCAACAUAUCACUAGCAACUUUCACAAUCAGGAAAUGUAUCAAAGUCCUCCAACAGAUAGGAAGUGCAUGAUCGCAAUGAGGGAAGCACUUGCAUAUUACUAAAGAUGCAUCAUAGAAAGCAUCAGAUACUGGGUGCUGCCUUUAUGGAGCUUGCACAUUUCCCCGUGAGGGUUCUUUCCAGGUGCUCCGGUUUCUUCCCACAUGCCAAAGACACGUUGGUUUGUAAGUUAAUUGGCUUCUGUAAAUUAUCCCUAGUGUGCAGGAUAGAAUUAGUGGCCAGUGCAGACUCCGUGGGGCAAUGGACCCGUUUCCACGCUGGCGCUCUAAAUUAAACCUUAGAGAUUAUUCUCGAUGACCCAUGGAAAAGAUAUUUUAACCACAAUGGUUGUAAAUUUCUAUUAUACUAAAAAAUAUUAAUGUCCUGUGAUUCUGUAUAUUGCUUGAGAAUAAAGCAUCGUUAAAAUGCCCUCCACAAUAUUUGGGACAAAGACCCACCAUUUAUUUAUUUGCAUCUGUACUCCACAAUU